GUAGGAGAGGCAUUCCUUCUUCCUUGAUUGUCAAAAACGGUGUGCCUAAAAGAAUAUUAAAAUAACACCAAUUAAAGUUACAAAAACCCUUUUCAUUUUUAAUUCGAAGAGGAUUCAGUCAUCUACAGUACUCGCUUUAGCACAGAGAGUUCAGUUCUCGUUUUAUUCACAAUGUUGACGUUAUUUAUUUUGUUUAGUAACUGACUCGUUAGCUGGCAGUGAGCUAACGUUACCUCCGGGCCCUGAGAACUCGAAAAUAAACUUAAUGUUUGUCAUCUAGUAAAUGAAGUUAUCUUAUUUACGGCACAAAAGCAGGCCUAGAAACUCUUUACUGAACUGUCAAAAAUCGAUAGUUUAAGCCGAAAUCGGCAAAGGAGGAGGUAAGAUUUGGUCAGCUAUUUGGAAGUACGACAGUCAACAUGCACAGAAGAGGCGUUGGUGCAGGGGCAAUUGCAAAAAAGAAACUCGCAGAGGCCAAGUACAAAGAAAGGGGUACAGUCCUGGCUGAAGAUCAAAUCGUACAGAUGUCUAAACAGUUAGAAACGUUCAAAACUCAUUUGGAAGAGUUUGCCAGCAAACAUAAACAAGAGAUUCGGAAGAGUUCACAAUUCCGGGUACAGUUUCAAGAAAUGUGUGCCACAAUAGGAGUAGAUCCACUAGCAUCUGGAAAAGGGUUUUGGUCCGAGAUGCUUGGAGUUGGAGACUUCUAUUAUGAGCUUGGUGUGCAGAUAAUUGAAGUCUGUCUAGCUCUAAAACAUAGAAAUGGAGGACUCAUUACGCUGGAUGAACUUCAUCAGCGUGUAUUAAAGGGAAGAGGGAAGUUUGCCCAGGAUGUGAGCCAGGAUGACUUAAUACGGGCCAUCAAAAAACUCAAGGCAAUGGGGAAUGGCUUUGGAGUGAUUCCUGUCGGAGGCUCUUACUUGGUCCAGUCAGUUCCAGCAGAGCUCAACAUGGAUCACACUGUAGUUCUUCAGCUGGCUGAGAAAAAGGGCUACGUAACGGUAAGCGAGAUCAGGGAGAGCCUCAAGUGGGAGAAAGAACGGGCUUGCCAUGUGCUUGAUCAUCUGCUGAAAGAGGGUCUAGCAUGGCUGGAUUUACAAGCUGCAGGCGAGCCACAGUACUGGCUGCCUGCUCUCUUUUCUGAACUCUCCUCUCGUGAUGUCACACCUGAGGAGGCCAAUCAAAUGACACCUUGAUGAGAGGAAUAAUUUGGUGUACACUAAGAUGUCAGUGACAGUAAAAUUUUCAACUAGGUUGAAUGUUAGGAAUGCAAGUGCUGAAAUCAUGUCUUAAUACAUAAAAGUCAAAUGAAAGUGUAUUGAAAUAAUAAAAGCAUUUAUUUUCUGUA